GUCUUGUGGUGUCUGGGUGUGGCUGAGUUUAGGUGUGUGUUACAAAGCGCAGACCGUUGUGUGUGACGCAAUCUAUUGUGAGCCAGUAUGUGUCUUUACCCACGUGGAUGCACGCCUCUUCCUUGCUCUGCCCCAAGACACAUCCCAGUCCCUCCUUAGGCUGAGAAGGGAGGUUGGGGAGCCUCCCCUCUGCCCAAGGGCCACGCCAGCUCCUCCCUGCCCUGCCCAGCCGUCACCACCCCCAGAGGGCACAGACUCCUCUGUGCCUCAAAGCAAGAGCCCCAGAGCGAGGAGCAGAGCAGGCCGAGGACCUGCAAGCCACAGUGGCUGCCCUUUGUGUGCUGCGAGGUGGGGGACCCUGGGCAGGAAGCUGGCUGAGCCCCAAGACCGCAGGGGCCAUGGGCGGGGAGCUGGUGCCAGGCCUGGGGGCCCUACAGAGGCGCAAGCGGCUGCUGGAGCAGGAGAAGUGGCUGGCUGGCUGGGCCCUAGCGCUGGCGGGAAUUGGCAUCGGACUCAUGGUACUCCACGCGGAGAUGCUCUGGUUCGGAGGGUGCCCGUGGGCGCUCUACUUGUUCCUGGUUAAAUGCAUGAUCAGCAUUUCCACCUUCUUGCUCCUUUGUCUUAUCGUGGCAUUUCACGCCAAAGAGGUCCAGUUGUUCAUGACCGACAACGGGCUCCGGGACUGGCGCGUGGCGCUGACUGGGCGGCAGGCGGCGCAGAUCGUGCUGGAGCUGGCCGUGUGCGGGCUGCACCCAGCGCCGGUGCGUGGUCCGCCGUGCGCCCAGGGUUUGGGGUCCCGGCCCAUGGCGACGCAGUCCUGGCCGGGCUUCCUGGAUGAGGGCGAGGCGCUGCUGUCAUUGGCCAUGCUGCUGCGCCUCUACCUGGUGCCCCGCGCCGUCCUCCUGCGCAGCGGCGUCUUGCUCAACGCGUCCUACCGCAGCAUCGGUGCCCUCAACCAGGUCCGCUUCCGCCACUGGUUCGUGGCCAAGCUGUACAUGAACACGCACCCCGGCCGCCUGCUGCUCUGCCUCACGCUUGGCCUCUGGCUCACCACCGCCUGGGUGCUGUCGGUGGCCGAGAGGCAGGCCGUUAACGCCACCGGACACCUUUCAGACACACUGUGGCUGAUCCCUAUCACAUUCCUGACGAUUGGCUAUGGGGAUGUGGUGCCAGGCACCCUGUGGGGCAAGAUUGUUUGUCUCUGCACUGGAGUCAUGGGGGUCUGCUGCACAGCCCUGCUGGUGGCCGUGGUGGCCCGGAAGCUGGAGUUUAAUAAGGCAGAGAAGCACGUGCACAACUUCAUGAUGGACAUCCAGUACACCAAAGAGAUGAAGGAAUCAGCUGCCCGAGUGCUGCAAGAGGCCUGGAUGUUUUACAAACACACACGCAGGAAGGACCGUGGGGCCGCCCGCAAGCACCAGCGCAGGCUGCUGGCCGCCAUCAACAGGUUCCGCCAGGUGCGGCUGAAACACAGAAAGCUCCGGGAACAAGUGAACUCCAUGGUGGACAUCUCCAAGAUGCACAUGAUCCUGUGUGACUUGCAGCUGGGUCUGAGCAGCUCACAUCAGGCCCUGGAGAAGCGGAUGGAUGCACUGGCAGGGAAGCUGGACACCCUGACUGAGCUGCUUAGCACUGCCCUGGGGUCGAGGCAGCUUCCAGAACCAAGCCAGGAGGCCACGUAGCUGG